AUGAGAGAUAAUCCAUUGAAUAACAAAGGUGAGAAGACAUCGAGCGAAGACGUACCUGAUUCCUUUUUCAUUCCGGAAGAUCCUCCUCGGAAUGACCCUCCUAUUGAAGAAGACAUUAAAGUCACAUUCGAAGAAGACUCCACCUUGAUUGCUGCUCUUCCAACUCAAACUACAUUUCCAUAUAUUAUUCCAUCCACAUCCAAAGUUCCAAAUGACUUCAGCUUAUCCUUGUCCACGGACGAAAUUCAUAUUGAGGACAAGGAUGGUGACAAAGGAAAACAAGCUCAAAGUGAUCAAGAGAACGAACCCAAGGGUACUGAAGACUCUGAUGACUCGAAUGAUGAUGACGACCAGAAAUAUGAGGAUCAAGUUCUGAUACAGAUUCAUGACGACAUGAUUUCUGCUACCAAGGAACUCAUCAAGAAGUCUCAUGUUCGACAUGAAAAAUAUCAACAUUUGGAGAAGGAGAUUCGAAAAAAGGAUGGAAUCAACAUGAACAUGCAACAAAUGGACAAGUUGAAAACUAAAAUGACAGAAGAUACAUUCCGAGCUACCCAAUCAAUGCCUCCUCCCAUUCCAACCCUGACAAUCUGGCAUAUUGAUAUUGGCUCGCCAAUCAAGAAAUCCGAUUAUCCACCCAAGGAGCCUUUGAUUCCUCGUCCCUCGGAAUUGUUCAUCACUCUUGUUGCUCAACAAAUUAUCUCCUCCACCUCCACUCUAAAUGCCCCUAUGAAAGACAAAGGCAAAGGAAUCAACUUCUGA